UCACUUUCCAUUGCAAUUAGAACUAAUCAACUGCUACAUAAGAGAAAAGAGAAUGUGUUAUUUAUAAGUCAUGCUACUUUACAAUUUAAGAAAAUGAUCUUUUUAGAUCUCUUAGGUGUAAAAGACAGAUUUCUUACGUGUAAAAGUAAAUCUCCCAUAUGUAAAAACAAAAGAGAUAGGGUCAUAAAACUAAAAACAAGUUUGUACAGAGCCACAAAACUAAUUGACCUGAAAAGAAUAUAAUAAGCAUAGAAAGUCAACGGAUAACCGGGCUGAAACUAGCCAUCGCAAACUUGCCUUCACACCUAAUCGUGCCAUCAAACAUCUUCCAAUUCAAGUAGUCAAAGCCAUCUUUGUUGAGCAAAGGAACUCACCAUGAUUUCCGACAACCAUGUCGCAUCAAGCGACGCCUUGUACGUGGAUGAUCGUGGCAUAAUCAGAGUCACCUUCAUCCACUGCCGGAGCAUUGAAAAAGACCUAAAAUCACACCUGUCAUUAUCAGAAUCAAGCGAAAUCUCUAUUAAAUUAGAAGCCCCUUCAUCAGAAUCUGCUCAACACAUCGCCAGCAAUGAAGAUCUCUUAACUGAAUUAUUACUGCACUUGCCCCCAAAAUCUCUACUUCGUUUCCAGACAGUCUCAAAACACUGGCUUUCCAUUAUUAGCAGUCCCCAAUUUCGUCGCCUUCACACUCGUAUGAAUGCUAGGAGGAAGAUUUCUCCACAAUGAGUAUGAUGAAUGAAAGAUUCUCCAGUAUACGUGAUGGUAAAAUAUUUUAUGGUUGAAUUCUUGCAACGGACUAUUUUGCUUUGAUUUUAAAUUGAAUGAUGGGAAGAGGGAGUUUUACAUUUACAAUCUCACCACUGGUAAAUAUAGGUUUAUUCCACUACCAGAAACAAUCAACGAACCCAACUUAGUAAGAACUAUGAAUUUAGCUUUUGAUUCUGAAAAGUCGGGUGAUUACGAUGUUGUCUGUCUUUGGUUGUCUGUGCCUGAGAAUCAACUUCGGUUCUCGGUAUAUUCAUCAGGUUCUGGAAAUUGGAGGCAAUCUAAUGAAUAUUAUGAUUGUGAUGAAUAUGGAGGCGCGGAUUUAUGUUUCUAUUAUGGUGUUUUUUGGAAUGGAGCUGUUCAUUGGGUUAGUCAAACAGGCCCCUUUUUGUGCUUUGAAGUUGGAAAUUGUAGCUUCAGACAAAUGCCUACUCCUCCAAUUCCUGAAGAACAGUGGCACAGAAAUAUUGAAUACUUUGGGGAAUGUGGAGGGCACUUGCAUCUUAUUCAUCAUAAUGAUAAUCAAAGUACAGAAUUUGAUAUUUUGGAACUGGAAGUUAACUACUCUGGGUGGUUUGUUAAGUACCAUGUUAACUUGGAGUUUUUACCUAAUUUGCACCCUGUUAUGGUGAAUCAAGAAACGAAUCCACCAGAAGAAUAUGCCUAUACGAACGUGUUUUCGAUGAUUUGUUUUCAUGAUGAUGAGAAAGAUAAGGCAAGGCUAUUGUUAUCAAUUCCUGGUAAAAUCAUUUUGUACGACAUGAACGAUGGAGUGAUUGAAGAGCUAGCGGAUGUUAAGCCUGCUAGUUUCAGGCUUUUCAUUGAUGGGGCUCGCUAUGACGGCUUUGAGUUUACAAACAUGUUGAGACUUUGGCUUGUGUUUGAGUUUCUCUUCUCUGUAUCAUUCCAAUCCAAGGGACAUGUUUGAGUUUCUCUUCUGUUCAUCUUUUUUAUGCUCCUUAGUUAAAUCUCCAUGUAUUUGUAAAUAAGUCUCUAUAUUUCGUUUGCUUGCUUAA